GCCUACUUGUUAAACUUGCUCUGUGGGCUUUACCUGAUAAAAUAAAUAAAAAGUUUAGUUUUUUACUACACGUCAAGCCGUUUUGCCCCGGCCAGUCUCUUGUAUUGACACAUUCUCAAGCCCAAAGCAGAGGAUGACUUCAGUUGCUUGAGCAGUUGACUUAAUACGUCACGGCUUUCAUUGACCGUCAUAAUUGAGACUUGGCGCACACUGCUUCCACACUUGCAUAUGAUGGCAGCAAUGUGUUCGGGAGCUAAAUGCCCAAUGUCCCGCGGACUGCUAGCCAUGAAGAGAGGGCUUUAGGAGAGAGUUUGUGCAGUUUUGAUGGAGCUCAGACUAAAGUGGUUUAUAAGUGGUCUAGAAUACAAGCUUUAUGUGCGCACAUGCAACAAUCAGGUAUGUAUGUUGAACGUAUGUAGCCAACCCUGCUCAUCGGAGAUAAAUAGCACAAAGCAGCAAAUCCAAGUGAAUUUCUUAAAGGUCGUGUGGUGGAAUGUGUAAAAACACACUUGUAUUUUUGUGUGGAGGGAAAGAUGCACGUGAACGAGGCGAAAGGUCUGCAUAUUUAUUGUUACCGAUAUUCACAUGUAUGUUGAGCUUCUUUCGCACCAUAUGUAACCAAACGCGCUAACCGUAGGUGUGGGGCAAGGGCAACAAACUAAAUACGAAAAGCAGUUCACCCAGAACGAAGUGAGCACACAUUUUGCGAAGUACCAACGGUGCACGUUCGAACCAGAUCAACUGUGAACCAUAAUAGCACGCCACGCACGCCAACGCUCGCCAACGCUCGCCUCUAUCCGCAGCUGAACCGAUGGCCUCUGCGCUGGCCGUGGACUCGAGCGUGGACUUCUCGGCGUGGCUGAAGGCGCAGGGCGUGAACGCCGAGGUGGCCCGGGCCAUGGACUCGGAGCUCGGCAUCCGCGACUACGGAGUCCUGCGCGCCUGCGUGGGCGACGGCCACGUCCGUGCCGAGCUCCUGGCCGCGGCGCGCGACCGCCUGCCCUUCGGCUUCUACGCCGUGCUGCGCCAGGUCGUGCGCUCGCUGCACCUGGCGGAGGCCGAGAGGCCACGAUCGGACACGGCCGCCCUCCGGGACGCGGCGCUGGGUGGCCUGCUGGACGUACUGGUGGUGCUGUUCAGCGGCCUCAGCCGCGAGCUGCUGCUCUCCGUGCAGAAGCUGGGGGAGAUGGACGUCGAGGGAUUUGCCGACGCGGUGCCCAGCACGACCAGGACCAUCAGUGUGGAGGACAAGACUGCGGAGUACGACCGCCUCUCCACAAAUAUGAACGAAUAUUCAAGCCAUGUAGAAGACUCGGGCUCGGCAAACGAAGGCACAGGGAGCGACCGGCCGGGCUGGGAAGAGAUGGGCGCUCCAGCGUUCUGCGCCGAGGAACAAGACACCUUCGUCAAGCAGGAGGGCAACGAGGCUGCGAGGGACAUGUGGCAAGACGUUGGAGAGAAUCACGGCAAGGAUUGCGCAGCGGAGGCCUCGGAGAGGCCGCACACGUGCGAAGUGUGCGGCAAGGGGUUCGUGUGCAUCUCCUACCUGAAGCGGCAUCAGAUGACGCACACGGGCGAGAGGCCGCACGUGUGUGACGACUGCGGCAAGGGUUUCUCACAGAUCUCGCAUCUCAAGAGGCACCAGAGGACUCACACGGGAGAAAAGCCCUACCUCUGCAAGGAGUGCGGCAAGGGUUUCUCACGGAGGCACAAUCUGAACAAGCAUCAGCAGGCGCACGUCGGCCAUUGCCCGUACGUGUGCUAGGGGGGGAGGCGGGGGGGGGUGCAGGGCGGCGGAGUUCAUCGGAGAAGCGCGGGGAGAGAGAGAUGGAUUCCGCGUCGCGCGUUCCAAGCGUCCGGUACGGAUCGUUGCGCGAGCGCGGAAAAAAACAUGUUCUCUGAUGGCUUUUACGCAACGCAAGGGCUGCGAAAGAAAACACAAUGGAACUGGAAAACUCACAAAGUGCUGUUAAUGUACACGCCACGGGGAAACCCGGGGGGGAGACGUGAUGGACCAUGGCACCUCCGGAACCUGUGACCUCACAAAUGGCUUCAUUUCUCACUUGUACAUCGCGGUUUAAUAUUAAAUACGUUUUAUUUUUUUUUAUAAUGCAAUUUUUCAAUACACUGUCGCCGUCCACCGGUCUUAUUAUAUAUUGGCAAAUCCCACAGGGGCAUGGAAUGUGUGCAGAGAAGGCUCUUUGGGGGCAGGUGCAGGGUUGGCGAGUUGCCACCAAUCGGUGGGAAAGUUAAAAGUGUGAGGGAGCACAAGUUUCAGUUUCUCUCUUGCCUCCGUCUCUCCUACGCUCCGGGUCGCAUUAUGGCACCGAAUUGAGCCCUCAGAUGCUGCCAAUGAGGCCUGGAGCUUAAACACCUUGACCCCCAUGUCAGGUAUUUUGCCUGCGUCGGUGCAGGCCUGCGGCCUGGCACAGCUGCGAGGCACGGUCGGAUCCCACACUCGCUGGCGGAUCGCCAGAUUCUGCGGUGGCUGCGUCGCCGGGGCCCACAGGUGAGCACGAGGCCGCCACCAGUGAUGUCGGGACAGGCGGCAAGCGCAGAGCACAGCAGUGGGUUGUGAGCGCUUAGCUGGGAGAAGCUCCUUUCGGACCUCUCCGAGGGCGGCAGCGCUCGCCUUUCCGGGGCCGCUCCACCGCGCGCCGGCACGAGGUGAGGCAUCACGCGGUGGCGUGCGGUGCGGGCAGACGUCUGCCGCCCGCACGAGGCUAUCGCUCGAGCUUACCGCGCGCAUGACGGGCGCAUACCCACGUUGCGCGCGCGACACACAAAGUGUCCAGAAGUAAACCAGAGGUACGCGGUGGAGGAGGACCCGGAGAAUAAUCCACGCGACAACGGGAAGAACAUGCAAACUCCAAAUAUACAGGUGUCAGGGUUGGGAUGGAACCCACGGCCUGUAUACCAGGCAAGGUAGUUAACAUCUCGCCACAGCAGCUGUACCGCCAGGAGCGCUCCCACCACUGUCAACUGGAGUCAUUCAUUUUGCGUCGUGUCGUUUAAUAAAUUUGAGUUAACAAUGAUAAGGCGUAAGAUUUGGGCAUUAAGAACCAUUCCCUUGUGUCACUGAUGGCAUGUAGCAAGGAUGAGCAUGCACAAUUUUCUGCCUGGAGUCCAUUUCCCAAUUCACAUACUCUCUCAAGUAUGAUAAGAGGUUUCCUAAAUUUUGCACCAUAAAACAAUGUAACUCCCUCACGAAAUUCCUUUAAAUAAAUUUGGAAGCAGUUGAGCACAUCCAUAAAUGUGGCCCUACACUGCAAUCCCAGCCUUCUGCGCGAGAGUAGAUCAACACCGUCAUCUCCCCUCCCAUGACUCCACUCCCAAGCUCUCCGUGCAUUACAUUCUGGUGUGGAUGAUUUCUGUUUGUUGUGUACAGUGGGUGGCCAGCACCACACCCGACUGCCUUUGUCUCGCGAUUUCUCGACACACCACGCCUCCGAUUAGCACGGUUGGCUACGUACGGUGCGAAAGAAUUGCAACAUCCAUACCUAUACUCUAGGCCUUGUCCUCUGUUAAACAGUGAGUGAGGAGUUCUGGGUAGAGGGUGCGUGCAGUCAGGUGACAGGGGGCGGCCUUGUCUGCACACAUUCUGUGGCCCUGCGGGACUUGCCAAUAUGCAUAUAAUACCGCUGGGUAGCGGCAUUGACUGGAAAAAUAUGUUUUUACCAAGGUACAAAACCAGAUUUUACUGGUUUGUUAUGAUACUGUUUUUGUGUAUAGACUGUAUUAUCUCAGUGUCUCAAAUGUAGCAGCAGGGAUCUCCAACCCCCCACGCACAGGCGUCUCUGCACUCGUGCUCAUAUCGUCCAGUGAGGCGUGGGCCUGUGCAAAAAAAAACAUUGCUUGUUUUACUGCCGUGGAUUUGAAGGCGCCCUUCUCUCGUGUUGAAAACAAAUCUCGCUCUCAGGCACGUAUGCUCUUUGUCAGGGCCCGCAGGUCAUUCUAAGGCAGCUCGGAUGCACCCAUAAUGUAAGCCACAUUAACUUUUCAUUCCCUCGCAGUUUUUGAGAGACAGAGAAAGGAAUGCAAUGUGGGCCAUUUCCUAACCAUGAGUUUUUACCUUUUCCACUGUACACUAAACCAGGAUAGAUCGGUCAGCACUUCGGUCAGUUGAGGUGGUACGGACACCUGGUAAGGAUGUUCCCCGAGAGAUUCCCCCUAGGAACUCUACCGGGCACAUCCCACUGGGUGAAGACCCUGGGCCGGCCCAGGACACGCUGGCGGGACUAUGUCGCUCGGCUCGCCUGGGAAUUCCCCAGGAGCUAGGGUCUGUCGCCAGGGAAAGGGAGGUCUGGACCGCCCUACUCGACAUGCUGCCGUCGCGACCCUCACUAGGACAAGCAGAUUGAGAAACGAAUGAACGAACACUUCCGCCUAUUAUCAAAACUGUGCAGUUUAUUGCAAUAAAGGUCAGCACAAUACCAUUACCAUAUCUCGGUUCCAAAUCAAUUCCUGCCUCCCGAACACAGGUUCAGAUUCCCGUAUUCUGUGGGUUAAACCCGGGCAGAUGGCGGAGCCUAUCCACAAUGCGAGCAGAUUUGGGCGUUGAUAAGUAGCUGAAGAGCGUACGCUUGCGUGUCUUUGUGCCGCGUCGCUGGUAAUGGAGACACUAAGCACAAGUCGCCAAACCCAAUGGAAAUUGACAGUCGCCAGCAUGAGAAGCGGCUCAUAGCCACGUCAGAGGUAUCGAUCGAUCUACGAACAUUUGGCUCUUUCGAAAUUUCGCGUGAACGCAAUUGACAAAUCAUGGACACUUUCGAUUCACUCAAGCGGAUGUUUCUGCUUUAACGAAAUUUCACUAUGGCCACGUGCCGUGAGGUCAUCAAACGAGAAGUCACCCAGGGAGUCUGCGUCAUCAUGACGGCGCAACCGUAACCCCUCCACAUCGCCUCGCCAGUCAUUCCAAUUUUGAGCAGUUCCUUUGGUGAGUUCCCUGAAAAAGGUGAAUUAUUUUUGUUUUCAAUUAAUCAUUCAAUCGUUUUAAUAUUUAUGUUCUUUAUUAUUCAUAAUGAAGGUUUUUUUAUUGGGUUAGAUUACGUAAAUAUAAAUGUGUCAUUAAACCCGCCACCACCCAACACAGCGAAUUAGUUAUAUUUGUCAUUUAAACAAAAUGUAAAGCCACAACAUUUACGGCAGUUAUAAAUGUUGUACUGGGUUUACUCUCCAACACACCGGUUAGUGCUGAACAAGUAACUAAUCGGCACUAAUUGGCUGUGUCGUGUGGUGGCGGGUUUUAACGAAAUUUAUAUUUACGCGAUCUAACCCAAAAUAAAACCCCUCUAUUGUAGAUAAUAUUGGUCGCGAAAGCCUUCCACGUGUUAAACUUCCUCUUUAUUAUUAUUUGUAUUGUGAAAUGAUAUAGAUGUGUAUUGUUUAAGGCUAGGAGUAGAGUCGUCCAAAACACAUCGCUAAUUAUUAGGAUUAAUUAAUGGGAAUUGCCAUUCAGAUUUAGGAAAUCUUGCUUUUUACGUGCGUUUUUUGAAUAACGCAUACUUUCCGUAAAUCGAGGGAUACCUCAACCGCAACGUGAGGCUGGCGCAUGCGGCUGAGACGUUGCUUCCACCAUUGUCAUUUGUUGAUUCGGUGUUCUGUCCGUGGAAGAAUCUGAGUCAAAAUUCUCUCCUCCAUGUUUGGUAUGCUGCUGCUACUUUCUUCAUCUUGUUGGCAUCGCUCUGUCCUACCUCUCCGUAUUUUAUCAAACAAUUUUCCCUUCAUUACCUCAGCUCAUUCCCUCUCGCUACCACCUGCCCCAUCAACUUUUUUAGGUCAUUUCCUGUCAUUGCCACCUGCCCAAUCACCUCCUUCAGGUCAUUCUUUCUGACCACCACCACCUGCCCAACCAUCUCCUUCGGCUCAUUCCCUCUCACCACCUGCCCAAUCCAGAUUGUAUUCCUCCUCCUGGUUCAAUGAUUCACAUUCUUCUCUUACCUCUGUGUGUGUGUGUUUUUUUCUCUGUCCCCCAGUAUCUUUAUAACUCCUUCACCAACACAGGCGGCAAAUCAACUUGCGUCAAUCGGAAAUGCACCGUUAUGCUGCCGUGGACUUUUUUUUGAUAGAGAGUAGGAGAACUCCAAUAUAAUUGUAACUAUAGGAUGCAUUAAUUCUAGAUUUGAAGCUUUCGUGACUGCAAGGAUUCAUAUUCUUAGAUUUUUUCAGUAAAGUCACGUAGGUAAAAAAUAAAAAUUAAUAAAAGUAAAAUAAAAUAAAAAUCACGACGUUUCGGAGGCAACACAAGCUUCCGUCUUCAGGUGGAACCGUCACAGCCCGACAGCUGUAUCAAAUAAAUGAGAGAUUACAGGAGAUACCACUCCGUAUAUAUAAUGGUUGAGGGGGGGGGCAGGAAUGGCCCACUUUUUAUUAUUAUGGUAAGGUGCGGUUUGAGACUAUGAAUAGACUGCAUAACAAAAACUGAGCCUUUAUUAUGGAGAGGUUCGGUUUGUGACUACGCCUAGCCUACAUAACAAAAGUGUGAAAAAAGAAAGCUAAACCUGGUAGAAAGCUAUACCUGGUAAAACAAAACUGGCUGUCCAUCAGUAACCUGCAAUAGUUUUCUGUCAAAUAAGAUGGUCCAAAUAAGUGUAGUUAAAUCUUUUUUUGCAUGGUUAAUCACAUCUUUCCAAUGAUUAAAGGUGCGGCUUGAGACUAUGAAUAGACUGCAUAACAAAAGACUGAGCCUUUAUUAUGGAGAGGUUCGGUUUGUGACUACGCCUGGCCUACAUAACAAAAAUGUGAAAAAAGCAAGCUUAACCUGGUAGAAAGCUAAACAUGGUUAAACAAAACUGGCUGUCUAUGAGUAACCUGUAAUAGUUUUCUGUCAAAUAAGAUGGUCCAAAUAAGUGUAGUUAAAUCUUUUUUGCAUGGUUAAUCACAUCUUUCCAAUGAUUACUCAGUUUGUAACCAUUAUCACGGUUGAAAUUAUGUCUGUGUUUGUAUAUUUGUAUGGCUUCGUGUACAAACCUUGAUGGUAGCCAGGAGGUUUGCAGAGCACCUUGGUCUCGGAAAAGACAAUUUCAUGAGAGCCCACAGAGUUGUAGCAAUGAUCGGCAAUGGCCGAAGAAUCAGUUCUGCCGUGUUUCAGAUCUGACUUGUGCUCGCGGACACGAUCAGAAACAUGACGUUUCGUUUCUCCAAUUUAUUUAUUUUAUUUUACGCUUAUUAAUUUUAAUUUUUACCUACGUGACUUAACCGAAAAAACCUAAGAAUAUAGGAUGCAUUGCUAUAAAUUUGGGCUGUACAUCAUUCAGUGCCACAGUGUCCCAUGUACAGCGCGACAUGGUCCAUUAUCUUCAAGUGAAAUUGGGGAGCCAGUGAGGUGAAAUGUUCCCGGUGCGGAUGUACGCCGGGCCCACCCGCGCCGUCGCAUCCGCUCAGGGUAAAACGGCGUCCGCUCCAAGCAGUAUUUGCGGCGACUUGCACUCUUACAGUUGGUGUAUGGGAGAGUGGGCGACUUAUCAGGAAUAUCACGAAGCGUGGACAUUGCCGUUCUCCCAAUUAUGUAAUGAUAGGCGUUCGUGCAGUUGUUUUCUGUGCGAUGGUGAAAGUUUUGACGUGGUGGAGCUGUGUUUAGUUUUUUUAGCCCGUCAGAUGCCAGUCAACGAGAGAGGUGCGAAAAGGCGACGGAUUUAUGCCUGUUGCUGUUGUUGUGUUGGGAGACCUCGUUUAAGCCCGGUGAUUACCGGUGUUUCCUCGCGUUGCUCACAGGGAAAAAAAGUAGCAGGCGUAGGAGGUGCAGCACGUAGCGUGACACUUCAUUGAAUAAAGGAGCAGUGCUGCGAGGGAAAUGUAUGACCUCGCUGGGAGCGCUCCCCAGCGCGGUUGUCCAGGCGGAACGCUCCGCAGGGUUACCCUCAACUCUGCCUAGACUGAGAGCGAUGUCCCGCCAGGCCAGACCUCCGCCAGAUGUCUGCUGCGUUGAGUCAUCAUCGGCAAGCGUCGCAAACCAGAGCGCCGCCCGUCGCAGCACGCCGUGGGGGACAAAAUCUAAUCCCCGACUCACCCUCGAACUCCAUUGAAACACGAGGAAAUUGCCCAUUUCUCUCGAGUUUGAGGCCCUUAGCAAUAACUGCAAGAAUUAAUUUUGUGCGUUACAAUAACCGCGCGCGUACAAUGACAACAAAUGCAUUAACUCCAGUUAAUUUUUUAUAUAUAUAAAGCGGCCAAAGUCAAUGGUAUCGAUAUGCCGUAGAUGUGCGACGUGGUUAAACGUGGGAACAUGGUGCGCGAGGAUUCGUGCGGUAUAUAUGUGACAGGAAUAAGCAGCCAGGGGGGGGGAGAAGGUUUCUCGAAAUAUGUGUUUUAUUAUGUGCAGAGUGAAGGGAACAAUCUGUGGAAGUGGGGAUUUCAGGUUGAGAAAGCCGAACGGUUAUCAUAAUCAGCAGCAGCAAUGGAGAGUGAAGGAGGUUGUGAAAAACAGGAAUUAUUUUGUAUUCUCAAGUGGGAUCUGGAGAACAAAUUGAGGGCAUGAGGCCACAGGGGCCACUCACAGAUGCAGGUGAAUGAGCACGCAGUGACGAGCACUGUGGUGAGCAGGUGUCGAGCGAAGACCCAUUUGUGCGUUGCAGCAACAGCAGCGGCCCUUACCGUGCGACAUUUGAUUUGGAGUCUGCGAACGCGAGGGUUUGAAUAGUUGAACGUGGAAGUUAUUGCGGCGCAUGAAUACGUUUCUGGCCAUGGAUUUGCCGAGGUUUUUUUGUCGGGAAAUCCAGAGGCGUUGCCAAAGGGGCGAUCGGUUUGAACUGAGCCUUGGGGUAGAAUGACGAGAGCUCAGGGUUACGAACGGCGUGAAUAUUUCAUAACUCUUGCCACUUUUGCAUUAAAGAAUUUGACACUCGCGUGCAGGAGGUCACCCUUGUAGAAGAGGCAAUGGUGUUUCACGAGUCUCAAUAUGUUUUGAUAUCCUGGUUAACUCAAGGACACUGAGGUGUAUAGAUGAGUUGACAUGAGGAUAACAAUUUAGAUUUUUUUUUCCCCCUCAUUAAGUAGGCAAGCCGUGGUUUUUGGCUUUUGAGAGUUUGGGAUAUUCCUGGAAACGGCGUCGUGAUGAGAACACGGUCGAUGGAGGAGUGUGAACAACGUGUCGUGAGGUGAGCGUCACUAGUGGGGAUGUGGUUGGGUUGUUGGUGGUGAUCAUGAGCUGGAGGCUGCCCUGAUGACACUGGCCGAAAGGCCACGUCUUGGCCUCCCGAAGAGACACCAAGCCUGCAAUCAAGCAAACGAAAAAGUUAGAUGUUAAAACCAAUGAAACUAGGCACGCUGUGAUAUGGUGUUCAAGACAGCCAUUAAGUGUUACGCAUUGCGUUGUUAUUUUUUAUGUUCACUGCUGAUAGACGUGGAUUAUGCAGAGUUUUUUAAGGGCUGUCUGUCCAUUCGGCUGCCAACUGCUCAAAAGUCAAGUUUGUUAUGUGCAAGGUUCAUUUAUUUGCCGUUAAACCGAAGCACUGCGGGUUGAGAGGCAAUCCCUCGAUUUUUACCGGUGGUUGCAAAGUGCAGUUGUGUUUUUUAUAUUGCGGUCGACACGUUGAGUCACCGUAGAGAAGCUUAGAAGUGGAGCGACCUAUACAUAUGAGCAGAUUGGAAUGAGAGUCUUGGCCAUUGACUUUUACACCCCGAAAGUGACAGAUUGAGAGGAGGGUUGGGGUCCCAGCAAACUCGACACUUGCGUAUGGAGUGGUAGCCGAGUGUACAUUGUACGUUUUUACAAUCUGCGCUUGACUGCAUUGAGGUUGUAGCUUCGAGCUCGGCAUCCCAGUGUUUGUCUUAUCAAAUGUAGUGUUAUUUUCUCAAUAAACUUUUUA